CGCCUCGGCUCUUUCAUAGGCGCUCCAGGGGCUGAGCUUCGCAGGGAAACUUUUUCCUCGAGCAAGACCGGAUCCUGCCCAGCUGGGAGCCCGGGCAGAAAAAAGCAGCCAGGGUUCGCUCAGCUGCUGACCUCUCCCUUCCGGUUCUUGGCCUCCCAAAGGAAAACCCUCCUCUCUCCAAGCUUCUCUCCGGCCACCUCUCGCACGCGUGUGCAUCUCUCGCUUCCCUUUGUGACUCUCUGCGGAACGUGGGAACUCCCUCUCUUAAAAAGGAUUAAUAUUCGCUGAAAAACAAGGGGUGGAUGUGGCACCCCCUGGCAAGAAUCCUGCUGGUGGGCAGUCAGCUCAGCCGGGCAGGGCCAGAGAGGAACAGCUGGAGGAAACUGGGAGCCAGGAGGGUCUCCCAUCUGUGCGGAGCAAUGCGGUUGGUCCAGUUCCACACCAAGGGCUCGUCCCCAGAGCCCCGGAUCGGGCUGGAGGAGAAAGACGGAGGCGGCGUGAUCGACCUGAACGCUUUCGAUCCGUCCCUGCCCAGGACCAUGCGCUCAUUCCUGGAGGGAGGAGAAGCCUCUUUUGCUGCGGCUCGAAGGGCACAAGAAUCUGGCCCCCGAGUCCUGUCCCGGGACCAAGUCACCCUCUUGGCUCCUAUCACCAACCCGGACAAAGUGAUCUGUGUGGGCAUGAACUACGUGGACCACUGCCUGGAACAGAACGUGAAGAUCCCGACGGAGCCCAUCAUCUUCAGCAAGUUCUCCAGUUCCAUCGUGGGUCCCUAUGAUGACAUCAUCCACCCGCCGGAGAGCAAGGAAGUUGACUGGGAAGUGGAGUUGGCGUUUGUCAUUGGGAAGAGAGGAAAACACAUCCAGGAAUCAGAAGCCAUGGACCAUGUAGCUGGCUUUACCGUGGCCCACGACGUAAGUGCCAGAGACUGGCAGAUGAAGAGGAACGGAAAGCAGUGGCUUCUGGGGAAGACCUUUGACACCUUUUGCCCCCUGGGGCCGGCGCUCGUCACCAAGGACUCGGUCUCAGACCCGCACAACCUGGGGAUCCGCUGCCGAGUGAACGGGGAGCUGGUCCAGAACAGCAGCACCAACCAGAUGAUCUUCAAAACCGAGGCGCUCGUGGCCUGGGUCUCCCAGUUUGUCACCUUGUACCCGGGAGACGUCUUCCUCACAGGGACUCCGCCAGGUGUUGGGGUUUUCCGGAAGCCCCCCGUGUUCCUCAAGAAAGGGGACGACGUCCAGUGCGAGAUCGACGAACUGGGAACCAUCCGAAACAGGGUGGCCUGAAGGGUCCUCGCCACGUCUGUCCCUGCGGCAGGCGGUCGGGGCAUCUGGCCCAGCGCAGCCGCAACACCGGAGUGCCUUCGUUGAUUCCAAUCAUGAGUGCAGACGAAGGGAAACUCUGCAGUUCAGGUCUGCAGGGCUUUCCCCCCCCCUUUGAGAUUUCUUCCCCUUGAGCCCCCAAGGAGGAGGCGGGUUCAGAAGCUGCUCACUGUCCCUGCAUAUUUCCAUGGAGGAAAAUGAAUAAAGAGCACGUGGAUGUA